UUUUCUUUUUUUUUUUGAUAGCAAAAUUCCUACCAUGUCUUAAAUAAUAUAUUUUUAAUGGAAAAAUGUUAUUUCAUACAUAUUUAUGAUAGGAAAUGGGGGAGUCAAUGGUUCGUUGAUUUAUUUAAUGUGAUAAUUGAUUGGAAAGAGAGAAAGGGUCAUACAUAGUAUUACUUUUUAGUAUGUAUCAAACAAAAGAAAUCAAAUCAAAACCACACAACACAACAACUCAUCAUCACUCACUCUAAUAAAUCUACUCCAACCUUUGUCUCUGUUUCUUCUCUAAUCUUUGAUCUCAUUCUCAAAUUCAACCUCAGGAGUUAUUAUGGCUUCAUCUGGUGAAGAUAAGCCAGCAGCAGAAGCAGCAGAGGUAUCUGAUAGAGGAAUUCUUCAUCAUCAUAAUGAUAAAGACAACGAAGACAAACAAGAGUCCGGUAAUGGCGGUGGUGGAUUCAUCGAGAAAGUGAAAGACUUCAUUCACGAUAUUGGUGAGAAAAUCGAGGAAGCCAUCGGAUUCGGUAAACCCACCGCCGAUGUAACCGCAAUUCACAUCCCUUGCAUCAAUCUGGAGAAGGCCGACAUCGUGGUGGACGUCCUCAUCAAAAACCCUAACCCAGUCCCCAUCCCUCUCGUCGACAUCAACUACCUCAUCGACAGCGAUAACAGGAAGCUCGUCUCAGGUCUGAUUCCGGACGCAGGGACCAUCCACGCCCACGGAGAGGAGACCGUCAAGAUCCCUCUAACCCUAAUCUACGACGACAUCAAGAGCACCUACGACGACAUUCAGCCCGGAAGCAUCAUUCCCUACAGGAUCAAGGUCGAUCUCAUCGUCGAUGUUCCCGUCUUCGGAAGGCUGACUCUCCCGCUUGAGAAGACCGGAGAAAUCCCCAUUCCUUACAAGCCCGAUGUCGAUGUUGAGAAGAUCCGAUUCCAGAGAUUCUCCUUCGAGGAGACUGUUGCAGUACUCCACCUCAAAUUGGAGAACAAGAAUGACUUCGAUCUGUGCCUCAACAAACUGGAUUACGAGGUCUGGCUGUCUGAUGUGAGCAUUGGGGGUGCCCAGCUCUCCAAGUCUGCCAAGAUGGAGAAGACUGGGAUCACUACCAUUGAUGUCCCCAUCACAUUCAGGCCCAAGGACUUUGGAUCUGCUAUGUGGGACAUGAUUCGUGGAAAGGGGACUGGUUACACCAUCAAAGGGCAUAUCGAUGUGGACACACCCUUUGGAGCAAUGAAGUUGCCCAUUGUCAAGGAGGGUGGUACUACCCGUCUUAAGAAGAACAAGGAAGAUCGUGGUGAAGAUGAUGACGACGACGACGAUGAUGAUGAUGAGGUUAGCACUUAGUUAAACACAUUCCUUUUACUUUGAUUGAUUAUAGAAAUAUACAAGAUUAGAUUACUCAUUUGUUUGUAAUGUUAAAUGCGUGUGUGUGUGUGUGUGUGUGUGUGUGUGUGUGUGUGUGUGUGUGUGUGUGUGUGUGUGUGUGUGUGUGUGUGUGUGUGUGUGUGCAGGAGUAGAAGAGGAGAGGAAUGAAUGGAAGGUGUUUGUGUCAUCGUGUGUGUGAGUCAACAAAUAAUGGAUUAUAAUUAACUAUUGAGAGACAAGGUUGGUUGGUUGGUUCAAUGUAUGAUGAUGCAGCAGCAGCAGCAGCAGCAGGGGAGGACCAGUCUGAUCUGAGGCCACAAUUAUUAUUUUAUUUCUUCUUUUUCGUAUUUGAGUGACUCGUACCCAAUUUACAGUUUGUUACUUACUUAUGUGGCUUAUGCUUCUUUCGUUUGGUGUUGAAUCUUUCUCAUUCUGAUCUAUUCUAUGUUAUAGUAUUGUUACAAAUUAACAA